AUAAACCUCACUUGCAGUUGCACCAAAUCUAAAAUAUCAAGUCACCCCAAUGAUCUUUACCAUCGAAUUCUAAAGAUGGCAAACCCAUCCCUCCCCUUCACUCUCCUCCUAAUCACCUUGUGUGCCCACUUCAUAGCCAUUGAAGGGGCCACCUUCGAGAUCCGGAACCAAUGCUCGUUCACAGUGUGGGCUGCCGCAAGCCCUGGGGGCGGUCGGCGGCUCGACCCUGGCCAGUCAUGGCCAAUUGACGUGCCCACAGGAACUACGAUGGCUAGGAUCUGGGGCCGCACUAAUUGCAACUUUGAUUCGGGCAGCAGUGGAUCCUGCGAGACUGGUGAUUGCAAUGGCCUCCUCGAGUGCCAGGGUUGGGGAAAACCCCCCCGCACGCUCGCGGAAUACGCCCUAAAGGACUUGGACUUCUAUGACAUCUCUUUGAUAGAAGGUUUCAACCUCCCUAUGGUCUUUACCCCUACCGCGGGCAAUGGAGACCUUUGCAGAGCACUCACUUGUAAUGCAGACAUAAAUGGCCAGUGUCCGACACAGCUACAAGUCCCGGGGGGAUGCCAAGGUCCUUGCACUGUGUUUCAGACCGACCAAUAUUGUUGCCCUGGGCCUGCCGCACAAACUUGUGGGCCUACUGAUUACUCUCAAUUCUUCAAGGAUCGUUGCCCAGAUGCUUACAGCUACCCUAAGGAUGAUGCUAGUGCUGGUAAAUUUGCUUGUCCAUCAGGGACUAAUUAUAGGGUCACCUUUUGCCCUUAAGAACCCAUUGUGGCAUGUUUUUGGGGCUUUGUAUGGCCUAGUAUAGGACAGUUAGGGUUUGAUGAAACCUCUGCCACCUUGUAUGCACGCUAUGUGCCUUUGGUUUAGGGGCUUUGUAUGGCUACGUACGAGUUUUGCUUCAAGUAAAAGUUGGAAGAUGGUUGCAUAUUUAUAUAGUCCCCUUUAUAUUUUUGUUAGCUUUGCAUCUUUAUUUAGUCUCAAUGUAUCCUCAUG